UAUUGUCUGGCAUUUAAAUCACGAGUUUUUAUUGGUUUUGGACUUUUGGUUGUUUUGCCGACAAUUAGUGAUAAGAAAUGCUGAGAUUGUAUGCAAUCAGUGGUGACUGAGAAGUGAUUCACACAUCGCUUCAUAUGCUGUCCGACACUCGCAGUCAUAUCGACUCGCAUUCAGUCCAUUCAACAGCCAAUGCAUUCAAUGCAAGCAUUUCUGUGGCAAUGAUUUAAAUCACAAAAACUUUUCGUUUAUUUAUUUUUUUAUGAAUUUAUUUAGUUUUUAAACAAUUUUUAGUUUUAUUUUUAUCGCUUAACACUUGGAUUACAAUUGGAUUUAAAUGUGAGAUAAUUUGGCGAAAGCCCUGAGAGUCACAACAGGAGACGAUUGGUGUCCACACAAGAAGACAAUGGCUUUGAAUUCAGAGAUCAUUCGCUACGAAGAAGUGAACGAACGGUCGGGCGAUGAGUUGGACCACAACUGGAGACAAUCGCCGCCACAGACGGCCCACGACUGGGAGGCCUAUAAGAUGGCCAAUGUGUUCGAUGACGGCACGCAGACCUACUUCUGGAGAGCCCAUACCCUGACGGUCCUCUUUCUGAUGACCUGUGCGCUCAUAUAUGUGGCUAUAUUUGAGCCCAUCUCUGAUGACACCAAUUAUAACAUUAAGAGAGGUAUCAUCGCCUGCGCCCUUACCUUCAUUCUGGUGGGCGUAACACAAAUACCCGACGGCCCCUUCCGGCGCCCCCACCCAGCCCUCUGGAGAUUCGUGUUCAGCGUUUCGGUUGUCUAUGAAUUGGCGCUUAUUUUCAUAUUAUUUCAGACACCAAACGACGCGCGAAAGUUCUUAAAACAUAUCGACCCUAAUCUAGGAAAGCCUUUAGAGGAGAGGGAUUACGGCGGCAAUUGUAAACUCUAUGAUCCCGACGCCAGUGAUCCCUUCCAUAAUAUUUGGGAUAAGUUUGAUGUGUUUAUUCCCUCCCACUUCUUCGGCUGGUGGCUAAAGACCAUCAUAAUCAGGGACUGGUGGUUGUGUACAGUUAAUAGUGUGAUGUUUGAACUGUUGGAAUACACAUUAGAGCACCAGUUGCCCAACUUUUCCGAGUGCUGGUGGGAUCACUGGAUUUUAGACGCUUUGUUGUGCAAUGGAUUAGGAAUCUACUGCGGAAUGAAGACAUUGACAUAUCUCUCAAUGAAACCCUACAAUUGGCGGGGACUGUGGGACAUUCCGACCUACCGGGGUAAACUCAAACGCAUUGUCGCUCAGUUCGGACCUCACGGUUGGAUUCAAUUCGAUUGGAGGCCCACUUCCAGUCUUGAUCGAUGGAUAUCUGUACUCUUGAUUGCAUUUGUUACUUUGGUCGCAGAAUUAAAUACAUUUUACCUGAAGUUUGUGUUAUGGUUGGAACCGCCACACUAUCUCAAUAUGGUUCGACUCGUUUUGUUGCUAUUUGUGGGCGCCGUCUGUUUAAGAGAAACCUUCCAAUACCUGGACGACCCUGAUACCAAAAAAUUUGGUCGUCAGUCGUGGGUUAUCUUAACGAUAGUGACCACAGAGUUCUUAAUAAUCGCUAAAUUCGAUUGGAAUACCAUCACAAAGCCGGUGCCCAGACAUAUGAUCUGGUUUUGGGUCGGAGGGGCUGUCCUGUUGCUCGUGUGGACCAUUUGGAACUUCUUCCUUCGACGGGUCACUAAAAUAUUGUACAAAAACACCGAUUCAGACGAAUUGGCUAAAAGUGGAAAUAAUGGCAAAAGUGUUGCCAAACCAGAGGUGACUAUAAAGCAAUCUCUCGGGCAGUCGAACGGAUCCAUCGGGUCUACGAUCGGUGCAAAACAUAAUAAAACUAGUAAUCAAUUAAAUAGUAAAAAGAAGAAAUAGUUUUUCUAAAAAUCUAUUUUUCUAGAAAUUAAUUCUAAUUUAACACUCAAAACCUUUUGAUAUUUGAAUUUUUAAGGCAAU